AUGGUUUUAUAUCUCCAGAUGGUUUCUGGUGGCAUCUUACCUGACCAAUUCACUUUAAGCUUCAUUGUUAAAGCUUGUAUUGGUUUGAGAGCCUUGCAUUUGGGGAAGCUAGUUCAUGCUCAUAUUCUGGUUUUUGGAUAUGAUUAUGACCUCUAUUUAGCCACUUCGUUGGUUGAAAUGUAUGCAAAAUGCCAUAAAAUUGAGUGUGCUCAUCUUGUGUUUAACAAAGUUUCUCAUGGAGACAUAUUCUUAUGGACAGUCUUAAUCUCUGGUUACUUGCAUAUUGGGGAUCAUGAAUGUGCACUUAACUUGCUUUAUGGAUUUUUGUUGUUUCGUCGAAUGCUGCUUCACGGUGUGGAACCUGACAAAGUUACCAUGUGCAUGUUGUUACCUGCUUGUUCUCACUCUGCAAUUCUUCAAUUGGGUAUGGAGGUUCAUGCUUAUAUACUUCGAAGAAGCUUUGAAUUGGAUCUCUAUGUGGUUAGUUCUCUUAUAGACAUAUAUGCCAAGUGUGGAUGCUUGCCUUCGGCUAGCUUCUUUGGAAUGCCCUUAUUGUUGGUUAUGGAAUCAAUGGCAACUGUGAAGAAGCUCUAA